AUGAAGUACUCAACUCUUCUCAUGAUAGGGCUGGCCUCCAUCGCCCUGGCUCAAGAAGAGCCCGGACCAUCGCCCACUGCCUCUGUUGGCUGCGAACCCCACGGUGACCACUGGCACUGCGACGGCCCAGCAGAAACACCCACCUCCACCGAAGAAGAAGAAAGCAGCAAUGUCACUCCCUCUGUACCAAGCCCCAGCGAGUCUACUGGCUGUGAACCUCAUGGCGACCACUGGCACUGUGACGGGCCCGCGUCGACUGAUGUAUCCGCUACAUCUAGCGUCUCAGGCGAUGCCACCGGCUCUGCUUCGCCGACGAUGCCUAGUCCUAGCCAAUCGGUGGGCUGUGAACCGCACGGGGACCACUGGCAUUGCGAUGGGCCGGCUGAGACAGGCUCGGCUGGUGCUGAGGAGGGGAGUGCGGCAGCAAACGGGGUUAGUCUUUCUGCU